UACCGAGUACACGUGCACGUGACAAAAUGAAUAUAAAAUCAAAUUACAUCGAAAUAAAAAACGGGACUGCAAAAUGCAAACUGUGCGAAAGAAUAAUAAAAACCAGUGGAAACACUUCAAACAUGUCCUCGCACCUUAAAAAUAAACAUAACGAUGUUUUCGUAAAAUGUGCGAAAAAGAAGCUGUCAACAAACUUCGAAAAUGUUUUCACGAUAACCGAGUCGUUUAAGACUGCUGAGGCGUUUAAAGAUGACGGUUUCAAAACCAAAGAAAUCACAGAUGCAAUCGUUUUUAUGAUUUGCAAAGACAACAUGACAGUGCGGUGUGUAGAGAAGGAAGGAUUACAAGGGCACCAGAAAAAAUGUGUGCCGCAUUUUAAAACUUUACUUAUUACUUGUUUCUUACUUCUUCUUACUUGUUUUCUUAUUCUUAUUUUGGAUAAAAUUAAGCGAAUCGUGAUGCACUUUAAACAUAGCACGGCCAUGAUGGACCUACUGAGAAAAGCGCAAGCGGAUGAGGGCACUCCGGAAGGGAAAAUAAAAACCCUAGUCCAAAACAUAGACACCCGGUGGAACUCGUGUCUGGACAUGAUGCAAGCGUUCCUCAACCUAGCGAACAAAGUCGCAGUAAUUUUAAUUAAUAAAUCUGAACACGCUAAGGGACUUCCCGAAAUGUUGAAUUCAUCAGAAAUUACUAUAUGUAGGGAACUAUGUAGUCUCCUUCAGCCACGGAGCAAAUAAGUGGUGAGCAGUACGUGACUGUUAGCUUAGUAAUUCCUCUGAUAGCUUUGAUAUGAAAUCAAAUAAACAAAUUAAACAUGGAGACAGAAGACGGAAAGCGCGCCAAGGAGGCGUUCGUACAGAUACUAAUUAUUUAAACUUUUACAGAUUUCCGAAGUCGACAGCUCUCAGGAUUUGGGGGACUUCAUGAGCUGCCAUAACAGCUCCAUUGCAAAAGAGUUGGACGAUCAGAACAAGGAGAGCAAGGAGCUUUAACUAUAUUUUAGCUUGCCCCAAGCUGCUUGGGAAAGCAAUCCCAUCGAAGUAUGGAAAGGCCACAAGGCAACAAUGCCGGGCCUUUACCGCUUGGCCAUGAGAUACUUAAUAACUCCGGGAAGCUCAGUGCCUUCAGAGCGGUUGGCGUCCGCCAUAAAAUGUGUAGUGUGCGACGCACAAAGCCGGAUGACGGACAAACACAUUACUGAACGAGUGUUUUUAAAAUCUCUGAAUUCUAAGUUUUGGCAUUAACAUAUGAAAUGUAUUAUUAUCUGUAAAAUUAUCCGUAUUAUUAUUAUUAUGAUCUCUAUAAGACAUUCAUGAAUUUAAGUUAUGAUAUAUUAAGUUUAAAUGAAAAUAUGAAAUGAAAUAUGGAA